AUGGGCAAUGGCGUCCUCAGGCGCUAUCGCACACGGCCAGAGGCUGAUCAUGACACAUGGCGCAAGCCGAAGCAGAAGGGAGGUGCAGCCAGCAAGGAGAAGGCCUGGCAGAGUGCAUCUGCCAUCAUCCUUGCGGGCAUCUUCGUUGCAGCGGUGGAGAUGUGUCGCCGCUGCGCUCGUGGCCGCCAGCACUCAAGGCCACAACAGCUCCCUCUUGUGCAGGAUGAGGAGCUGGGAUGCGAGCGAGUUGAGCAAGACACCGCAAGCAAAAGGAGACUUCGCCUAGUCUGCAUCAGCGACACACACGGCAAGCAUCGAGAACUGAUGUUGCCCGACGGAGAUGUCUUGAUACACGCAGGCGACUUCACCCAAUAUGGGCGAGAGGAGCAUGCGCAAGAUUUCAAUAGUUGGAUAGCAGAUCAGCAGCACCGAGUCAAACUUGUCAUUCUCGGCAACCACGAAUCCAACGCGGACUGGGCAAAGCGUGCUGAGGAGGUGCUCUCCAGCGCCGCCGUUCUUCGACAAUCAAGCUUCGACUUGAAGGUCCCCGGCUCAGAAACUCCACUUCGUUUUUUCGGUACUGACUUCUUUUGGCCUUGUCAAGGCGAGAACCCUUACUUUGGUCAGAUACCAGCUGGCACAGAUGUAGUACUGGCUCAUGGGCCUGCCAAAGGCUGUGCAGACGGAGACAAAGGAUGCUCCGCUUUGCUGCAGGCGGUGAGAAGAAUUCAGCCAACCCUUGUCAUCUCUGGCCACAUACACUUUGCACGAGGGGCGGCGCUGCUGAAACACCGGCCCGCAGAUCAGCGCAGCUCAACCAUCCUGAUCAACGCCGCAAACUGCGGCAGCCACCUGGCUGAAGUCUGCCGGCUUUGGCCGUUCCCCAACCCAAAGAUGCUGCCAAAGCUGCAGAGACUUGGCUGGCGGCCGAUGACUUGGAUUGAUCGUCUGCAUUCCAUUUCGCGGGUCGCAUUGCAGCGUACAGCUCAGGGCGGGCCAAAGGGCCUGAGUGGAGCAGCUGGCCCGGUCUGGGGCCCAAGCGAUGACGAUGAUGAUGAGGACAACGACCUCACAGGCUUCUCCAAUCUCGCCGAUGCAGCAAAUAAGGUCUGGGAUGAUUUAAUGGCUCGUAAGGGCGGCAUCAAGGGCAAGCAAGAAAUGAACUCCCUGUUUGGCCUUGCAGAGCUCAAGGAUGCUGUCGAACGGUCUGUGAAGCGGACCAAUGUGCUGCAGGAGCAGGUGGACAGUGCAACCUCGAGCCUGGAAGACAAGCAGGCUGCCCUGGAAGACUUGCGGCGGAAAGUGGAGGCCAGCGCCGGAACUUCCAAUGUGCGAUGGAAGCUAGGCGACAUGGCAGUCAGAAGAGGCAAAGGCUUCUGCGAACUCAGCAUGGUGCAGAUGGACGUCCAGCCUCCUUGCUUCGAGGCCAUGCUGCCACAGCUGUGCAGUCUCAUAGUUUGGACGUAUGAGAAGCUUAUUCCCCUCAACCCACAGCAGCAGAUCGCAGCACGAUCAGCUUUAAAAGAAGUGGACGAGGCCAAGAAGCGCGUUGCCGCGACCGAGGAAAGCCUAGUGCAGGCGCAGGAGGAAUUACGGCAGCAGCAUCAGAGCCUCACCGAGCAGGUGGAGGUGAAGCUGAAGGAGCCGAGGGCACCACCUGGCCUUCCAGAUGUCAGCUACCUUCAGAAAGCCAAUGCCCAGCAGCCGAAGGCAGAUGCCAGUUCCUAUCCAGAGGUGAAGGGCAUCAAAGAAGACCUGCGAAAGCCGGCUGGUGCAGCUGCGCCACGGCAGGCUUCGAAAGAUCAGGGUCGAGCAGAACCUGGAACACCAACCAGUAGCGCAAAUGGCAACACGCUACCACGGCAGGCACCCAGUGGGCCAGCUGGCUUCCCGUCCUUCCAAGAUCUCAGCAGGAUGCAGAAGGAGGCAGAAGACCGCAACAAGACUGAGUCCACGCGCGCAGCCUCCUAUCCGGCGCCGCACGCCACACGGGAGGUCUUCACACGCCCAGAGGGUUCCGACCGUGGGCCCUCCGGCACUGGCAGCGGUGCCGCUGGCGGCCAGGAAGCUCCUGGUCGGGCUCCAGCUGGCGAGACACCCUUCGUUCCAGCUGGCAUGCCUGGCAUUCCCUCGAAUUCUGGAACAUCCGCGGCUGGACCGAAGGUGUCUCUUCAGCAGGAGCGUGCGAAGCAAGAGGCCUUUCUGCACCAUCAAGAGGCCCAGCUACACAGGGAGGAGGCCCAGCGGCAGCAGCAGCAGGAGGCACAGCGCCAGCGAGAAGAAGCCGAGAAGCAGCGUCAGGAGCGUUACGAGGAGCAGCAGCGCCACCCGGGACACGCGGACCGCCCCAGGGAGCCAGAGCAAGCUCAACAGCCAGCCACUGACUGGGUUCGCUACAAGACACCGGAUGGACAAGUGUACUAUCACAACGAGAGAACGAAUCACACUGCUUGGUCAUUGCCAGCUGGUGCAACCUGCCGUGAGCCCGCUCAGGCUGCAGCUGCGCAGCAAGGUACCACCUCGCAGGGAGCUGACAAUCAGGACGACCCGUUUGCAGAUCUGAGGAAGCAGGAGGAGGAUAACAAGAAACAGCAUGAGCAAUGGCAGCAGUGGUACCAGCAGUACACGGCCUGGUACUCCCAGCAGGCAGGAGCUGCAGGAGCUUCAGCAACUGGUGGGGCAAAUGCGGAUGCCGGCAAGCAGAAUAAGUCGGGCAGCCAGAAGCAGAAGGGAGCCCAGAGCGGUGAACAAGCUGGAAGUUACGUGCCACCGCGGGGACCGGCACCUCCAAAGCUUGAUGCCGCGUUCGAAGACCAUGCGGUCUAUCAAAUCAAGAGUUCCGUUCUCAAGGAGAUGGAGUCGAUGGUCAAUCAGGGUCUGGAAGUGGCCAAGCGAAAGAAAGCCCUGAGGUGCUUGCAGCUACGUUGGCAUCCAGACAAGAACCCUGACAAGUUGGAGGUUGCAAACAGCAUCUUCCAAUUCAUUGAAGAGACCAAGCCCUGGUUUCUCCAUGAUCCGAAUGCCGGGUAG